UGAGCCUGCGGGAGGCUGGCGUGAACACCUCCCCUGCGGAGAAGGCCGCCACCACGGACAGCACAGCCGAGACCGACUCCCUUCUCUGGCACUGCUCCCGGGACCAGCUGGGCCUUCUCUCCCGGGCGGAGCUGGAGGGGCGCCUGGAGAGCACCCUCAUCAUCAUGGAGGCCCUCUCGUACCAGAUCCGGGCUGCCCAAGGCUUCCGGCCAUCGGCAGCCCCCGUGGGGCCAGCGGACCAGAGGGAGGCGGCCACCCAGACCCCCACCGCCGAGUCCAGCCAGGCGGAGGAGCGACUCUACCACGACCUCUACCUGGACCUGCGGCUGCGCUUCCGCUCCCUGCAGGAUAGCCAGAAGAACCUGCAGGGCCUUGUCCAGCGGCUGGAGGGCGCCAACGAGGAGAUGAGGGCCUGGACGUCCGAAUCCAGGCAGCUCCAGGCCACGGUGGACGGCUCCUUCCAGCACCUCCAGGAGGACCGGAGGUCACUCGGCCAGCAGCAGAAGCAGAUGGGACGGCUGCUGGCUCGGGCCAGGGACCAGGUGCAGCACUGGAGCCAGAAGCAGCAGGUGUUGGCCCAGGAGCUGGAGGCGGCCCUGAAGGCGAAAGACGCGGCCAACCUGGUCCGGGAAUCGGUGCAGGCCGAAGCUGCCGCCAAGAUCCGGACGCUGGAGUUGUGUGCCGCGUCCCGGCAGCGCCUGUGGUCCCAGCUGCAGGAGGCAAAGGGGCUCCAGGUGGAUCUCUUGGCCGGAUUGGGCCGCCACGUGGCCGAAGGGGACACCCUCGCAGCAGCCCUGCAGGCUGACUGGGCGCGGAUGCGGCUGGACUACCAAGGCUACCGCAGCAUCGUCGGCAAAUGCCUGCUGGCCCACCGGAAGAUGGCGGAGGAGGUCAAGGCUGCCCGGACUGAAAGCGCCCAGCACCAAGAGGUGUGCCGGAAGCUGGAGGAGACGACGGUAGAGCUGGUUGUAGCACUGGGCCGGGUGAACGAGCUGGUGGAGACGAACACGCGGCUGGACCGAGACCUCCAGGCCGCUCUGGAAAAAGUCGCGUCCUCGGAAGAGCGGCUGGAGCAGCGGGAGGAGGAACAGCUGGGGCUCACCCGGCGGCUGGAGGAGGAGGCGGCAGCCACCCAGAACCUGCAGGACGAGGUCGCCAGGCUGGCACGGGAGAAGGAGCGGGCGCAGCAGGAGAGGGACAGCGCCCAGCGCGACGCCCGGGAGGCCUCCGAUUGCCGGGAGUUUCUUGAGCAGGAGAACGAGGUUGCCCGCCGCCAGCUGAGCGAGACUGAAGAAGAGCUGAAGGCCACCCUCGCCGCUCUGCGGGAACGAGGCAGCCAGCUGGAGGACCUCAAGGACGCCCACCAGGAGCUCCAGCAGGAGCAGGAGUCCCUCCGCGCAGAGCUGGGCAGCGCCAGGGCCGAGCUGCAGGACACCCAAGCGGGCCUGGAGGGGCUUUCCCGGGCCGUGGGGGAGUUGGGGGGUCUCCACACCCAUUUCCUGGAGGCUGCCGACAUUCUGCAGAUGGCCAGGCCGGGCGAGGCAGCCCAAGUGGCCCCCCAGAGCAGCACACGCACCCCGGCCCGGCACACCCCGCACCGCCCGGGGGUCUCGUUGGUGGAGAGCGUCCUUCGAGCCGCGUCCCAGAGAGCCCCAAAGACCCCCGGCCUCUGGAGCGAGACCACGGCAUUUAUGCGCGCAGCUCCGGCGCCCCCUCCCCAGCUCUCAGAGAUUAAAGACUCGCUGGCCGCUCACACCCAGGACCUGCGCCUGGCCGUGGAGGAGCUCCACCUCCUCGCCAAGGGUUGCCGAGAGCACCUAGCAGAGCUGCGGGAGCAGAGUUUGCAGCUGGAGCAACAGCUGCAAACCUCGCAAGCGCAGCACCAGGCAGAGAUGGACGCCGCCCAAGCCGCCCAAAUGAAGCUCAGGAAGGUGCUGCACAUAAAAAUCCAGAGCGAGAAGGAGCUUCAGGAGCUGCUGCGCCGGCAGGAGGAAAAAGAAUGCCAGCUCAGCGAUCAGAAGAGGGAAGCGGCGACCCUGCGGGAGGAGGUAGCCCACCUGAAGCUGGAGCUGCAGAAGUCAGAGACGGCCGCCGCCACCCUCUGGGAGGAAAUGAGCGGGAGCCAACGCCCGGACGCCCAGGAGAAGAUCUGGCUGAGGCAGGAGGUUGGAAAAUUGAGGGAGCUGCUUCUGCAAAAGGACACCGAACACACGAAGGUCCUGACCGGCCAGGUGAAACAGGUGAGGGCCCUGGAGGAGCGGCUGUGCCAGGCCCAGCACCGGCUGCAGCGCCAGCAAAAGGUGGAGGCGGACUUGAAGCAGGCCCUCUCCACGCUGCCGGCUGAAGUGUCCAGCCUCGCUGAGAUCCAGCGCCUUUGCGAUCUGUUUGACUGA